AUGUUAACUUAUGGAGUGGCAGCUGAUGCUACCGAUGAUUAUGUUCGUAUUGGUGAGAGUCUGAGAAGGUUUGUCACUGCUGUUGUGGAGGUAUUUGGAGAUGAGUACUUGAGAUCACCAAAUGAAGAUGAUAUUGCUAGGUUACUUGCAAUUAGAGAGCAUAGAGGUUUUACUGGUAUGAUUGGAUCGCUUGAUUGUAUGUAUUGGAGGCGGAAAAAUUGUCCUUCAGCAUGGCAAGGUACUCACAAUGACAUCAACGUUUUACACCGAUCUUCUCUAUUUGCACGGCUAGCUGAAGGUCAAGCUCCAAAGGUGAAUUAUACAAUUAAUAACAAUGAAUAUACAAUGCCUUACUAUCUUGCCGAUAACAUAUAUCCCUCAUAGGUCACAUUGAUGAAGACCAUACCUUAACCGCAAGAUAAUAAGAAGAAAUAUUUUGCAACUGCCCAAGAAGCUUGUAGGAAGGACGUGGAACGAGCGUUUGGGGUUUUACAAGCUCGUUUUGCUAUCGUUAGGGGGCCAGCUCGAUUUUGGGAUGAAGGCACCCUUGGACAAAUCAUGAGGGCAUGCGUCAUUAUGCACAACAUGAUAGUUGAGGAUGAGCGCGAUGAGGAAGAUGAUUUAAAUUAUGAUGGGGUGGGAGAAAAGAUGAAGAUUUCCCAUAAUGAAACACCUAAACUUGAGGAGUUUAUUAAAAAUUACAAGAAUAUAAAGGACAAAGGUAUUCACAAUCAGCUUCAAGAUGAUCUCAUUGAGCACCUGUGGCAACAUCAUCCAGACCUGUACCAAUGA